AUGACAUCGCUUCCACCCGCCGACCAGUCUCCUCAGAGCGCUCCUCGAGUGCCCAUCCCAAGAAGAGGUGUCGAUUAUAGAGGCAAAGUGGUACUGGCUCCCAUGGUGCGGUCGGGAGAAUUGCCAUCGAGGUUGCUGGCACUGAAAUAUGGGGCAGACCUGGUAUGGGGUCCAGAGACAGUUGAUCGAUCCAUGAUUGGUACGACCCAGAAAACAAAUCCUCGGACAGGCUGCAUAGAAUGGACCAGAUGUUCGAACAACAACAAAAAUUCCAAAUCAGACGUGCCGCCAAAAGAGUCAAUCAUCUACCGCAUCGACCCCAUACGAGAAUCAGACAAAUUAAUCUACCAAAUCGGAACUGCAUCGCCUGACUACGCCGUCCAAGCUGCCACCCUUGUUGCGCCCUAUGUGCGCGGAGUCGAUGUGAAUGCAGGCUGCCCCAAACCAUUCUCUACCUCUGGUGGUAUGGGUGCAGCGCUGUUACGGACUCCCGACCUGCUGUGCGACAUCCUGACAGCGCUCGUCACGAAAGUCGGCAUCCCUCACGAAAUCGGAAUCAGCGUCAAAAUCAGGCUCCUCGAGACCCCGGAGUUGACGUCUACGUUGGUCAACAAGCUUUGCAAAACUGGUAUUGUGGGCUUGACCAUACACUGCAGGACAACACCUAUGAGACCGAGAGAGCGCGCGAUUCGUGAUCAGCUCCGCAUGAUUGGUGAUAUCUGUAGAAGCCAUGGAGUGGCAUGCCUGGUGAACGGAGACGUGACGUCUCGAGACCAAGGGCUUGCUCUGGCAAAAGAGUAUGGCGUGGAUGGAGCAAUGAUUGCUACGGCUGCAGAAGCCAAUUCUUCCGUAUUUCGCUCUGAAGAGCAGGGUGGUGUGGCCCCCUGGCAUGAAGUCGUUGAAGAAUAUCUGCGGCUCGCAAUGAGCGUGGAAAACAAAUUCGGCAAUACGAAAUUUCUGCUGUCGCAGCUCAUGCCGGGCAAGAAUCCUGGCUAUCAACCUGUGCAGAUGUCACGAAGCUACAGCGAGGUGGUGUCGAUCCUUCAGAUAUCUGAUGCAGAGAUGGUGGAGAAAGCCAAGGAAGUCGAUCAUCUGCUCAACCUUGAUGUCCCGAAAAUCACCAAGACCGAUAUCAAACGUCAACACAAGCAGCAGAACAGGGAGAGUUACCAGAAGAAACAAGAAAAGAAGAGAGCAUUGGAACCGAAUGACACUUCAAAUGGCCAAAUCGAAAGUCCAAGUCAGGAGCGGACGAAAAAGCAAAAGGGGGAGAUAGCUGCCGAGAAUGCAGGAUUUGAUGGUGUUGGGCAAGGAGCUAUGGCAGUCGCGGCAUGA